AGGUGGUAAAACUAACAUCUUUCCAUUACCAUUAAAAUGAACCCUCGUUUGUGUGGUUUUCUGUUUCUGUCGGUGCUGUUGUGUGUUCCUUUUGCGCAUGGUGCCGGAAACCCUUCGAAAGAACCGCACAUCUGUAAGCACAAACCGCUGAGUGAGGUACAGCGACAAGUUGGCGCUUGGGUAACGAGGGCCGAGAAGUGUCGACCCGGGAGUCGCUGCGUAGACCAAGCACACAUUUCGCAGUACAAGCAGGUCCGAGCUGUUUGCGGUAAGAUUAAACCUCAGCAGCAGAGGAAGACACUAGAGAGCCUCUUACCGGGUGUUGUGUCCGCUCUGUCGGCCAUGGAGAAACUAUAUGAUCCGUUCAAGGCGGACAUAGGCAAGAUGGCCCAGGAGUUCGAACGACAGCUGGAAAGCAUAUGGACGACACUGGAGGACCUCCAGCGGGAGAUGCUGUACGCUUCGAUUGGUUCUGGACGCGUUGAAAAGGCACUCCAUUACAGGGCUAUCAUUAGCAACCACGUUACGAACUUGAAGACCCAUUUCACAGCCGCCAACGCCGAGGAGUUGCUCCAGUACGCGUGGAAUCUGGUUCCGUGGCCGGAACGCCAGAAAAAUGCGUACCGGGCAAUCGGAGAUAUGGUCAGAUCAUCCGAGAAUCCUCUGCUCCAAAUGGUGUACGCAGUCGAUCUGGCUAACGUCAACCUUCCCGAGGACAAAGGCUCGGACCAGGAAACCUACUCCAAAGGUGUGGAGCUUCUUAGAGCUAAUCUGACCUCGGGUCACCUGGACACACUCCUGGACCUCGCUCGUCGAUACCCGCCUCGGUACGCCUACGUGAGGGAAAAUCUGGGAAAACUGUUUGGCGAUAAGAAACCUAGCCCCGCAGAAUUGGUGACCAUCGUGUCGGAGUUCGCUCGGGAGCUUCCAACCGCCGACGAACGGCUGCUUACCCUGAAGGCGAUUGCCCAGCAGUAUCUGACCGACAAUGCAACGAUCACGCCCGAACCCGGAUACCUCUAUCCAAUGACUAUGUUGGCACACGAGCUGGCCUCCUCGAUUGGCGAUCAAGCUGGUCAGGUCACUGCGGGCGGUGCAGGGGAGACGACGAUACCGAACAGCAGCUUGACGGAUAUGUUUAACACCCCGAUCAGUGGACGAUCGGUGGAGUACUUCACCCAAAGCCUAGCUUCCAAGGCAUCCGGCUAGAGCGCCUUCUGUGCCGUCCAUUCCGAAACUCUCAAUAAAGCAAUUUCCAAUUACUGGUUCCGUU